GUGGCACACCGACAAAAGACAUUUAAAAAAAAAAUGGCAAACGAUUUUCUUUUUACUGAGGUUAAUUCAAAUGUAGUUUGUCUAGUUUGCAAACAGUCAGUCGCUUUGUUGAAAGAGUACAAUCUGUCGUCAUUAUGAAACAAAACAUUCUUCUGCUUUCUCAAAGUACAGCGGCGGGGCGCGAAAGCAAAAUGCUAACAAUUAAGCUGCUUGCUAAACUUUGCCACGUCCUUCGUCAGCUCAAGAAAAUGCCACAUUGGCCAGCUAUCACAUUUCUGCAUUAAUUGCUAAAGGUGGAAGGGCCUUCGCAACUGGAGAGUUUGUCAAAGAACAUUUUCUCAAAUCAGCUUGUCAAGGAAAACCGUUACCCGACGCGCAGUGGACAUGGCAGAGGACAUUGGAAUAUCGGCUCAUUUUCCCUGUCUUAGAGAGGCAGGAAUGAUGAAAGAAAAGGUACCCGAGUACGAUGCUGUUCUCAGCAACCUUAACCAGGAGUUUGACCGUCGCUUUGAGGAUUUCAGAAACAGUGCCGCGGACUUUGAAUUGUUUUCUCAACCCUUCACCAUCAGUGUGGACACAGUCAGUGAUGAUCUUCAGAUGGAACUAAUUGACCUUCAGUGUGAUUCAGAGCUCAAACACAAGUUCAGGUCCCAUCUGUUGAUAGACUUCUACAAAUGUGUCCCAGCAAACAGGAACCUCAAAGAUGUGCAAACAGGCACGAGUGAUGCUGUCUCUAUUUGGCAUCAACUUCCUCUGUGAGCAGACUUUUAGUCUGAUGAAUUUGAAGUAUAAACUGAG